GGCGAAGUGCAAGCUGUCAUCUGAACCCUGCAUGAACGGCGGCUACACCAAGAAGAACUGCAAAUGUGCUUGUCCGUUGGGCACGACAGGCGCAAAAUGUGAGAACUUCGUCAUGAGCUACAACGACGCCCUGAUCAAGCAGCUGACCCCACAUAGCGCCAACAUCACCAAGCCAGGAGAAGUCACCUCUCCUGGCUACCCCAAAUCUCUCCGUCUGGGAGCGAUGCGAAGCACGCAGGUGAUACGCGCUCCCAAGUGCCAAAGGGCCGUGGUCACGUUCACGGACUUCCAGCUCGAAGACGACUGCAACGACAACUCCUUGGAGAUCCGCACUGACGUUUCCGUUGCGAAUGGCCAAUGGUUCUGUGGUGAAGGAAUAGCAAAGGGAACAGUUUUCAAGAGUGACAAGUCGGAGCUGAUCUUCCACUACAAGAACAGAAACCCUAAAAUGCCGGAAGCUGGAUACAAGGCUACCUUCACCACCGAGGCCAUUCCCAAAUGCAGCUAGGUGCUAGUUGAUGACGGUGCGUCUACUGACUGAAAUCCAUGAGAAGAGAUGCCUAUUGGGACGAUGACUUGGAUAAUUACCGUAAAUUGUGUGCAAUAACUACAAGUUUUACCUCAAAAAUAUAAUAAUGAGU